AUGCCCAAUUCGCUCUCCGUGAUGGGGUACGCGUCCGAUGCCCUUUUCUACUACCUAACCGAACCCUUUUCUUGGCUUCUUGCUCUUGCUUCUUUCGUCACUCCGAAGGAGAUUUUGACUGUCUGGCUACACACCUCUGUCGGUGUUUCUGAGCUCUUGCGGAAUACUUGCUGGAUCUCGGCCUCUUCGUCUGUCGGUCUACUCUCCGCAGAUACAGUCAACCUCCCGACCCUUCAUUCUGCCAUUUUAACUCGCGCCAAGUCUGUUCAGAAACCCGAGGGCGUCCAGCAACGAGAGCAGCAGCAGCAAUAUCCAAAGUUGGAACCCGCUACAGCUGCCCUCUCCUCCUCCUCUGUCAGUACGACCGGCACCAGUGUUGGUUACGACGCUGAAAACGGUUCCUCCUCUUCCUCCUCUUCGUCUCCCGGUAACGGCGCGUGCUCCCUGUCCUUAGCAUCUAGUCUCGGUUCUCCUCCUGUCCAGGACUUCCUCCAAGGUGGCCACAUCGAUCAGACCGCUCUGCUACCUUUCGCGGAUGCUUUGGCUGAGUGUCCGGAACCGACAUCUCAGCAGGACAAGAACAAUCUGCUGCCCUUCCUGCGUUGUUUGGCCCUGCACAGCGGUCGCACACCCGGUUGUCUGGCAGUUGAGGCACUGGAAGCCCUAAAGAGUGCUGUAACGCUCAGCCUAGACAACGGUCUCUUCCAGAUGCUUCCGCCUGCUUUCGACCAGGAGCCGGCCGCCUCCUCACACUGUACGCCCUCUCUGUCGUCUCUCAGUACCGCCGACACGGAGGCGCUCUCUCCUGCUAACGAACGCGCCUCUGCUCUGCGCUCCUGGCUCAUCUUCCUGUUUGAUCUCCUCUUCGUCUGUCCAGCUACCUACUUGCGCAUUGCUGCUCGAGAGUUUGUCAGUCUGACUGUGACUCGCAGUCUAGUCGCUAAUUGCUCGCUCAUUGGUCUAUGUGAGCUGUCAGGUGUAGAGGAGAGAAAGCAGCCCUGGUCUUCCCUAGCUGCGGACCCUGUAAAUUACAUGAUCAACUUUUUGAUCACCACAAUGGUGGAAAAGGGAGACGAAUUUCGUGACAACACAAGUGAAUGCACCGACGUCAUUGUAAAAUUGCUUGAAUUCAUGUGGCAUGAACAGUUGCCCGUGUCGGUCGCAGACGAACUUCUGACGAAGGAAUGUUCCUGGUUGCUAAAAGCUAACUGUCUACUCUCCUCCGUGGUUCAUAAUCUUUUCACAACUAUUAUCUUACUCAACCCUGAUCCUUGCCUGCAUACACUUUUGUUUGAAACCUGCAUUUUCCCGGCUUCGAAACGAUUGCGUCAGCUGAGAAAGUCGUUGCAAUCUAAGUCCGGUGUUUCCGCCGUUAUUCUCGAAUCGACCAAUCUUUACGUAUGUCCGGACGAUGUUCUGGAGGCUGCCUUCGAUUUUGUCCGAGAGUUGGUCAACUGCGCACCGGCUAACGCACUUUCUCUCAAUUCCAUCUUAAUGGAAUUGCUUUACUCUCAAGGCCCGGGCUUUGUCGGCCUGCAAAACGGCGGCUCAACUUGUUACAUGAACUCUGUCCUACAGCAGCUAUUUGCGAUUACUCCUAUACGCGACGCCAUCCUGGCGGUGCCAGUGGGCAAGAUUCUGGAGGCUGCCAACUCUGCCGCUGCCAAAGCUGCUUUGCCCUCAUUUUCCGCCCUAGGAGACGGCAGUCAGCCAGAGGAGGACGCGCAGGUUCGUCUUUUUUGGUUUUCAUGCUUUUACUCCCACUUAGCCGAAGUAUACCACAACCUCUUAUUGUUUAGGAGUACUCAUAAGAGCGAAUAUGCGAGUUACAGGAAGCAGUUCGGAAGUAGGAGAUCCGAUCGCUGGAACAAGAAUUUUAUUUUCUUGACGUUUCGGAUUCUGUCGAGAAUCCUUAAUUAUAGGUAA